AUGUCGACAAGCUCGUCCUCAUCGUCGCCGUCUCUGCACUACAUUCCUUCCGAUUCUCCAACACCGCCUAUCUCACCACUCACCUUGCCAUCCACCGAAAUCAGCUACCCAUACCCACGACUGGAUCCCAUCAUCGAGCAUGUCAAGGCAGAUCAUAAGCAAGAUGCAGCAGUAACAGUUACUACCCACCAGCGGGUCUCGUCCGUUAGCAGCAUCUCGUUCAAGUCCAAUGGCGUGUCGAUUUCUGCUGGCCAGGCGAAGGCAAAGCGGUCACCUCGGGUCAGAGGGUCUUCUCCUCCACCGCCACCCCGGUUCCAACAUCAUGUUUCUUUCGACAACUUCGCUGGGGGAGAACCGACGGAGAAGAAUACCAUCUCGUUCACGCUGAACGUUAAGCAUAAGGGAUACCAGUUCAAGAGACGUUCGCGGUCGUUUAUGGUCGGCAUAGAUGAGAACGAUUACUCGGAUAUCGCCUUGCAGUGGAUGUUGGAGGAGUUAGUCGAUGAUGGGGAUGAGAUAAUAUGUCUCAGAGUCGUCGAUAAGGAUGCCAAGGUUGUUAAUGACCGGAACGUGGAGAGGAGGCAAUACCAGAAGGAGGCCAAGGAUUUGAUGCAGCGGAUUCAGGCCAGGAAUGAUGACAACCGCGCGAUCAGCAUUGUGCUGGAGUUUGCGGUUGGCAAGGUGCACGCUACAUUUCAGAAGAUGAUCCAAAUCUACGAACCCGCAAUGCUUAUCGUCGGUACGCGAGGUCGCAGUCUGGGUGGUUUUCAAGGGCUUGUCAGUAAUCGAAACUCGUUCUCGAAGUGGUGUCUACAAUACUCUCCGGUCCCAGUCGUGGUUGUACGACCUACCGAGAAGAGAUUGAAGAAGAAGAAGAAGAGGGACGCUGAUCCAACAAGACAAGACUAUGCACGGAUACUCAAGGAGAGUGGCCUAGAUGAGCAUGAGACAGAUGGCGGUGAUCAGAACAGCAUCUUCGAAGUACCGAAUGACCCAAGUCAAGAAGCACACGCUGUUGCCGCAGCUCUCGGUCUCCCAGCAGCAUUCGACCCUACACUGAAGCCACUGCAGAAAGAGGGCAGUCGGCGGAAAUCGGAGUCAGGACAAAAUGCUCAAGAAAGCCUCUCCCCGGACUCUCGAUCUACUAGUCCAGAAGUCGUUUUGAAGAGUCCCAAGUCAAAUCAGCUCGAAAGCCCAGCCAUGAGCGGAGACGAGUCUAGUGAAGGCGAAGAUGACGAAGAAGGCGAAUUCGAGGCCGUUGAUGCACGACCCCUGUUGAACAACGCCAUUCCGGAGAUCGAAAAGAAAAAGAAGCUGCAUGAGAUGGAGGUCGGAGAGGCUCAAGCUCUGUUCCAUGCGAGAAAGGGCUCCCUUGCGAGUAACGAGAGUGCGGGAUCUGGAGCCGCUGAAGACGAAGAAGAGGAAGAUUCACCUGAAUGAGCAAUGCUAUGCUUGGAAUGCAGUACUAGGGCAGGGAAGAUCAGAUGCCCCUCUUGCAGACGUUGUGCUGAGCGUAUGAAAAUGGGAUACGAGGGCGGGAGUCGGCAUUCACGCACGGAAAUCUCAACUACAGGAGUUUGGUUGAUUCAAGUCUCGAGGCACGGUUUCUUAUUAAAGAAUGGAACAGAAAACUUCUUGCCUGCUACAAAGGACCCUGGUUGCCCUAUUUACCCCAUUGAAUCCCCCAUCUUGGUCAAGUGGCCUGAGUUUUUCUACGGCCCAAUUGUACAAGUCAGCACUAGUCUAUGAAAGGUGGGUGUAUGAUAUGAGCACAUCAACGACGUCUUAGAUUGAAGACUAUAUUAGGGAACACUGACACCAGAGCAAGAAGUCAGUGAAUAGCCCUAGCUAAUCAAGUAUACAGGAAACAGAUUCUUCUAUAGGAUUCUCGGCGUGUAAUAUUAACGCGUCAUCAAAAGCACCAUAUGUCCCAAGUCA